AUGACAGGAAUUAGUACAUCAUGUGGAGCAUGCAAAUUCCUAAGAAGGAAAUGUACAAGUGAAUGUGUGUUCGCACCAUAUUAUAGCUAUAAUGAGGCAGUUGCCCAUUUUGGUGCGGUCCAUAAAGUGUUUGGGGCUAGCAAUGUGUCGAGGCUACUCCUUCACCUGCCCGAACAAUUUAGAGGUGAAGCUGCCUUAACUCUUUCUUUUGAAGCUCUUGCUCGUAUGAGAGAUCCUGUUUAUGGUUGUGUUGCUUAUAUCUAUGCUCUUCAACAAGAGGUUGCAAAUUUACAAGAAGAAAUAGAUGUUCUUGGCAAUCACAUGAUGAAUAAUCUGAUCAUAAAUGAAUCAUGUGGAUCACAUUCUCAUAUAACCUAUGAUCAUAACAACAACAACCCAUUACCAUCGCAAUCAAAUCAUGAUCAAAUCAUCAAUAAUAAUGCACCAGACCAAUAUAAUUGGAAUAACAUGAUGAUCAUAGAACAAUCAUCAGUAACAGUACUACCUACACAUGCAGAAUUAUCUGAUCAAACUGCAUCUAACAUCAAUCAUAUGAUGAUGAACAUACCAACAUUAUGUUUAAGUGAGUUGGAAGGACAAAAUCUAUUUGGUAUCCCUGAUGCUGGGAGUGGGUCCCAAGAAUGUUUUACACAACAAUUAGUACUUAAUCAAGAUACUUACUACUUUUGA